AUGCCCAUCGAGAUGCCCGUCAAGAUGGAACGACACAUUAGUACGCCAGAUGUUCCCUUAUUUUAUCAUUCCACACCGCGCAAAGCCCAACGUCAGCGCAUGGGCAAAGUUCGCUCCUUUCUUCCAGGCUUCGUCGAUCGCGCCAUCUUUCGUACCAAGCCAGUUCCCCAUCGUGACACUGCUGGGUCACCUCCAAAGGUCGACCUCACCGUCAACGUCGACUCUCUUGCAGCAAAGACUCACAAUCACGACUACCUUCAGGCGCAGCUCAUCUCCGAACGCAUGGAAGCGCAGAAGCUCAGAGUGGCAAACAGGGGUUUACGCACUUCGCUCGCCGCUGUCAACAAGGAACGGAAGGCUACUCCCCAAGCCCUGAAUCAGGCGCAACGCUAUAGCUGUACUGUCCAAGAACAGCUCGACUUUGACCGCAAAGCGAUGCAGUCAGAGGUGUCUAAGAUCAUCCAGUCCUACGACUCCAAGUUACGCGACAUGAACGAGUUGAGUAUGCGACAAGGCGCUCAGGUCAUCAAGCUGCAGUCAAGGCUCUUCGACCAGGACGAGCUGAACAUGCGACAGGGCGCUCAGGUCAUCAAGCUGCAGUCAAAGCUCUUCGACCAGGACGAACACAUUGCGCACCUAGAGAGCUUGGAGGUCUCCGAUUCUGUGAUUGAGUCUCUCACUCGCAAGACCAGUGUCAGAAAUCUCGAAGGCGUAUCUCAACUGGACAGUGGUUCCCAAGGCAGGUCGAUUGUGGUUCAAGCUAUCGCGGAACGUGAAUCAAAGCCUCAGUCAACGGAGCCAGCAGUGGCUGCCAAAAGGAACUCAACGACGAAGCACGAGCCAGAGCGAACACGAAAACUAGUCAAACAGCAACGUGAGGCUGCCCAUGAUGCAUCCGUGCGCCGCAAGGACGACGACCCUUUCAAUUCAGAGCCAAAUCUAGCGCCAAAUCGCAGGAUUCGAAGCGUACUGGCAGAUGCGCGAGACUGUGGAGCCAAGACCCCUGCGACAAUUUCAGGACAGAAAGACGCUCGUCGUAAGAAAGAUGAACAGCAUCCCUCCCAAGCUUAUCACGGCCACCAGACAGAUCUCGCAGCGUUUCAGGAUAUUCAAAGCUUACCGGGAGAUGCACGAGAGUGUGGAGCCAGGACACUUGCGACCAUUUCGGAGCUUAAGGACGCUCGUUGCAAGAAAGAUGAAGACCGUCCCUCCAAAGCUUGCCACGACCACCAGGCGGAAUUUGCAGCGUAUCAGGAUCAAAUCGCUGCUCUCACUUCGGAACGUGAUACACUCUCUCGGGAGCUUAGGCGCAGUACUCGGAUGGCGAACUCUAAUGCUUGCUUACUCAACAGUGUAGAACUGCAAGCUCAACAACUACUCUACGAGCAUGACGCACUUGUCAUUGAGCACCAGCAGGAGAAGGCACACUCGCAGCAACAAAUCCGCCAACUUGAGGCCCAACUCGAGGAGACCACCGCAUCAGCUUUUCGAGCCAGAGAUCGUUGCGAAGUAGCACGUGAAGAACUUCUAGAGGUCAAAGAGCAACUUAGGCUUGAACGCAUACGGUCGGCUCAAAACCACGGAGACCAUUUGGAUGAGAUGCUCAUACUCUCCAGGAAGAAUGCGGAGCAGGCCAAUUUAAUUGAAACCCUCAAUACCGAUUUCGCAGAGCAACAUACUACGAUCAAGACGUCGCAUAUUCAUCUGGACCUGGAGAACAAUGCACAGGCGAUUAUGAAGCGCAAGCUCCGGAAAAUGGAGAUUGCAUUCCAACAUGCACAAGAGAACAUCGAGCUGCUCCACGUUACCUCGACGAAGGCUCAAGGCAACAUUUUUCGCAGGCUCAGUAACCGCUUUCCGCAGAACGGACCUAGUCAAGUAUUACACCGAGGAUCCCCACCCGCCACUCAAGAGAUCGUGAAGAAUGAGAAAGCGCAGUCUCCUCUUGCUGCUUCCAGCACUUCUUCUCCACCGACCUCCGCUCAUGAGGUUAAUGGCGUUCCUUCCCAGCACACCCACAGGACGCUUUCUUGCCCACCAGAGAAUCCUCCCAUCACUAAGCCGUCCCCACGAGAUGUUCCCAAUGACACCUUGGACGUCUCCACGGCGUCAAUACUCAGUGACGGUGGCGUGGACUUGCUCUUGGAACCGAGCCGGGACGUGUCCGGUGAAGGCAAUGGCCCGGCUACCCUCUGCUCGAUGCUGUCAGCGGUCCGCAUGUACGCUCCUAAUCCCAUUCGUGGUCCUCCGGAAAUUCAGCCUCGACGUCGCAACGUGGAUCCCCCCAAGAUUCUUCCGCGGGUCUAUCCCAAUGACAUGGUUAAAGUGGACGGCGUUACAGUUGGACAAACCUAUCAGGGUCACCAUUUCAUCUUUGACGAAACCGAAGACGUGUCGUCCAUUUUAUCCUUUUCCUUUUGA